CACAGUCAACUAAAUUAAACCAGUGCUAAGCUGCUAAUUAUCCUGCCAUGGCAGUUUGGUGGCGGAAUAUAAGCAGCUUAAGGAGGCAGCUAAGCUAUCUGUAUAGCAGAGACAUUGCACCAUAUAUAAUUGUUCAACAAUCAGUUCAAAAAAUACGUUAUCAUUCAACAUUGAGGCGCAAGAUUUCUGAUGCUGCUCCAGAUAUACGUAGAGCGAACAAGAACAUCACGAAUUUGAUUCGAAAUGGUCGAUUAGAGGAUGCACGGGAAUUAUUUGAUAAGUUAACACAUCGAAAUACAGUUACUUGGAACUCAAUGAUUAGCGGGUAUGUGCAACAGCGUGAGAUUGUGAAAGCACGGUACCUGUUUGAUGAAAUGCCGCAGAGGGAUGUUGUUUCUUGGAAUUUGAUGAUUUCUGGUUAUUUGUCUUGUAGAGGGAAAGGGUAUUUGGAGGAGGGUAGGAAUCUGUUUGAUGAAAUGCCUGAGAGAGAUUAUGUUUCUUGGAAUACUAUGAUUAGUGGGUAUGCUAAAUGUGGGAGAAUGGGUGAAGCGUUGGAGAUUUUUGAAUGUAUGCCUGUGAAGAAUGUUGUGUCUUGGAAUGCGGCGAUUUCGGGUUUUUUGCGUAAUGGGGAUGUGAAAACUGCUGUUGAGUAUUUUAAGAGAAUGCCGGAGAGGGAUUCGGCGUCUUUUAGUGUACUUGUAUCGGGUUUGAUACAGAACGAGGAAUUGGAUGAGGCGGAACAUUUUCUUUAUGAAUUUGGAGAGAGUAGUGAUGGGAAAGAAGAUAUGGUUCAUGCAUAUAACACUUUGAUUGCUGGAUAUGGUCAGAAAGGAAGAGUUGGUGAUGCUAGACGCAUUUUUGAUAAAGUUCCAUCUUGUAGUGGUCAGGGAAUUAGCAAAAAGAAGAGAUUUGAGAGGAAUGUCGUAUCAUGGAAUUCCAUGAUCCUGGCUUAUAGCAAAGCAGGAGAUAUGGUUUCUGCUAGAGAACUUUUUGAUCUGAUGACGGAGAGGGAUACAUUUUCAUGGAACACAAUGGUUUGUGGCUAUGUCCAUGCCUCAAAUAUGAGUGAAGCAUCAAAUCUGUUUUCUAAAAUGCCAAAUCCUGAUGUACUAACAUGGAAUUCAAUCAUCUCUGGAUAUGCACAGGCGGGAAAGUUGGAAUUGGCACGUGAUUAUUUUGAAAGGAUGCCCCACAAGAAUCGGGUUUCUUGGAAUUCAAUGAUCUCGGGGUGUGAAAGAAAUGCAGACUAUGAAGGAGCAAUAAAGUUAUUCAGGGCGAUGCAACAGGCAGGAGAGAAGCCUGAUAGACACACACUCUCCUCACUUCUAAGUGUUUGUGCUGAAACUGUGGCAUUGUUCCUGGGUAUGCAGAUUCAUCAGUUAGUGACAAAGACUGUUAUACCAGAUAUACCUUUAAACAAUUCCCUAAUAACUAUGUAUGCAAAAUGUGGCAAAAUACAUGAAGCAAGGGCAAUUUUUGAAAAGAUGAAAUUUCAAAAGGACGUAAUCUCAUGGAAUGCAAUGGUUGGAGGAUAUGCAUCUCAUGGUUUUGCAUUUGAAGCGCUAGAGCUUUUUGAAUUAAUGAAGUGCCUUAAAGUGAGGCCAACUCACAUCACAUUCAUUUCAGUUCUGAAUGCAUGUGCUCAUGCUGGUUUAGUGGAACAAGGUCGGUUAUAUUUUAAAUCUAUGGAAUCUGAAUUCGGCAUCAAACCUGAGAUUGAACAUUUUGGCUCCCUUGUGGAUAUUGUUGGUCGAGAUGGGCAGUUUGAGGAGGCCAUGAAAGUGAUUAACACUAUGCCAGUGGAGCCAGAUAAGGCUGUCUGGGGUGCAGUACUAGGUGCUUGUAGGGUGCACAACAAUGUUGAGUUGGCACGAAUAGCAGCUGAAGCGCUAAUGCGCCUUGAACCAGAGAGUUCAGGCCCUUAUGUUUUGCUUUAUAACAUGUAUGCCGAUGCUGGAAGGUGGGAUGAAGCAAAUGAAAUUAGAAUGUUGAUGGAAACAAAUAAGAUAAGGAAGGAACCCGCUCAUAGCAGGGUCGGCUCUACUUCCUCAUAGUGAUUUCCGAAAUUGUGAAUCUUGAUCACUCAAAGAAUUUGGAUUGAGUUGACUAUGUUGGGGUUUAAGUCAUUAGAAGGAAGACGUCACAUGCAGUGUCCUGCUGAGCAUUUGCAGUAUUCCUUGCUUUGACAAAUAAUGCAACAAUGCCGUUAAACCCCUAUUUGAUGUUUGGAGCAUUUAUGUCUGCAGUUUUAGUGUUGGAGUUCAAAGAAUUGAGCAUAGUGAAUUCUAGUGAGCCAGAAGCUUGUUUCAUGAAGAAACACCACUAACACAACAUCAACUCUACUGAUAACAUUGCAUGAUCGCCAGGCAACACUGCUCUCUGACAUCAAGCAUUUCCUCCUGAACAAUCAGAAAAGAGAUCAAAGCUUAUUAGGAUGGAGAACGUUAACAUCGAUGCCAAUGCUCCAACUCCUCAACAUGUAUUCAAAUAACUGAAGAGGAACAUGUGGGGUUUGAGGAUGAUGCUGAGAAGCUAAUUCAUUUACUGACUAAAGAAACAGAGGAUUUGGAUAGUAUAUCUAUUGUUGGCAUGCCUGGUCUAGGGAAGGCAACUUUGGUCACAAAGAUAUUCAAAGAUCCUUCUAUUGUUUUGUCGCUUUGACAUUCGAUCAUGGUGUACUUCCUCACAAACAAAUAAUAUGACAGCUAUUAUUGACAUGUUUGGGCAAGUCGCCGGUGUGAAAGCACCAUGUGCAUUCCAGUGACGGUCUGGCUGAUAUGUUGUGCAAAUCUUUGAUAGGCAAAUAAUAUCUCAUUGUGUUGGAUGAUAAGUGGGAAGUCGAGGCGUGGGGUUAGUUAAGAUUAUGUUUUCCAGUUGGUGGAAAUGGAAGCAGAAUUAUCGACUUAAACAAGUAGCAGAGGAACUCAUGCGACAUGAUGAUCCAUAGUCUUGGAUUCGUUUGAAAAUGUUGCUGAAGUAACUGAAAAGGAAACUUUGCUCCCUGAACUCCGGGUGCUGGAAUGCAAGUUCAUUUGAAGAUAUCGUGGGUUUGUCAAUGUAGUGAUGAAUAUUUUUCCCCAAGGAAAACAUGUAUUAAGCGAGGUAUUGAUCCCUAGUCCUCUAAUCGUUUGGUAUAGUGUAUUAAUAAAAAUAAUGCAUCCAUUAACUCUGUAUAUUAGUAAUAUCUUAUUUGGUACUCAUUUUUUCAUGCU